AUGCCCAAUGGACCGCUAACACCCCUUGGCCGACAGCUGCGCUCUGUUCUGAUCAGCUUGCGACGGUCCCAGUCCCAGCUUGAGGCUCCUCAGCGACAUGCCUCAGGAGCAGCGACAGCCGCGGCGGCGGCAUACCAGCAAGAGGAGGGGGCGGUAGCAGACGCCGGGCGGGCAACGUCCUCUCAGUAUAGGCCUUGGUUCGGAGAGGAGACUGGUACAGAGACAGAUCACAAGCUGGAGGCUUCGACAGAUUCGAGAAAAGGGCGACCGAGCAGGGCGCAGAUCAACAGAAGGGCAAGGGUCGAUCGCAUCAGCGAAGCAUUGAGUGGCGCCGGCCAUACUAAGGUGCUUCCUGCAUGGCAUUCGUCACCCAGAGUCAAGCCAGACCUAUCGCAUAUGAACCCGAGAUCUCCUACGAGGUGGGCCAACUACAAGAACACCACCGCAAGGCACCAAGAUGAUCCCAUCCCUGAGCUGGCGCAAGCAAGAGAACCAAAAUUAUCGCGGCUACUGGCGACAUAUAUUCAUUACAGGGAAAUCGGUCAGCACCUGCUUGAGGCGGACUGGACCUCGAAUUUCCAGCCAACACCCCAGGAUGACGUGCUGCUCAAAACAAAAGGCCUCACAGUGGAGGAUCUCGACUCUUGGGCAAGCUUGGUGGCUAUGCCGGAUUCGCUAGAGGCGGCGGCCGUGCUGCAAGAACACAUAAAAAGGAAGGGCGCUGCGUCAGUGCCGCUCUUUCUCGUUUCCUUUAUGCUCCGCCGGAAGACCAUCACCGCCAGUGCACUGCGGAUCCUCAUUCGUGCAGCGUCGCAGGUACUCGAGCAUCAGACCUCAUCCUCCGCCGAAUCUUUACCCGGUGACGCUAUCUUCCUAGUCUAUGUUCGAUUGGUACGACAUGCGCGACAGGUCUGGCCAGCCUCCCUUGCAAGCGCAACAGAGCUUCUGCUUCGAUUCCUUCCGCGUAUAGCAAACUCUGGCCAGCAGAUGUCUAGCAAACAGCUCGAACAAUCUACCUUCCAGCUCAAUAAAGCGAUGCGUCUCAUUGCAAUGCCCGUCGCCAACGAACCCUACAAAAGCAGCGGCUCACAGGAAGCAGCCAUUGUCAACGUUCUUCGCUUCAUGACUGAGCAUGAGCCUCCCUUCGGAAUCAACCGUGAAGGCUAUCGGGCGGUCAUCCAGGUUCAACUCGCGCAGCCAAAGACGACACGAGACCGCCAGUGGGCGGAGCUGAAGGCGCUCUCCUGGCCACCUUGGAAAGUGGACCGCACCGCUAUGGACGCUGACUUCACUCGCGAGAGUCACGGCUUGUCGAGAGCAGUGCAGACGUUGUUCCGCAUGUACGAAGCUGGGUAUGGACCCCAGGGGUGGGAGCGAGUUGCCAGCGUAUACUCCGGAUGGGAUCAUGACUUGACCCCAACGAUUCAAAGGCGCGCCGUUGGUGACGGCCGCUUCCACUCUGGUGCUGCGUUAUGGGUUGCACGCAUUGAGGUCACAAGGACCGCACAGGAAGCGUGGGCUUGCUAUGAGGCUUGUGAAAAGGAAGGCUUUCAAUCGCACCAUGAUGUUUUGUUUGCGAUCAUUCAAAAGCUGGAUUAUGAAGAGGAGCGCCUGGCAGGAGGCGGCACCAGAAUCAGGGCUGAGCGGAACACUAAUGAGCCAGGACUGCUUCCGGGAGACAUGCGAGAAGUCGAGCCUCUGCCGCCCUCGACGCAUCUGUAUACAUACACCACUCGACCGCCACCAAGUGUUCAUGAGUUUUACGAACAGCUGCAACUCGGAGGCGUCGCUCUUGGAGGUCGUUGUCUCGAAUUUAUUGUGACGAGGGCAGAUUCCCUUCGGCAAGGCGUAGCGUACCUCCACGAAAGCAACGCGGGUCAUUUCAACGCUGGCACGCUUCUUGCUCCAGACUCAACAUACGACUUGUCGGCAGUCCCGGUGCGAUUGUUUGCAAGCUUCCUGGAACUCUGCAGCCGCUUCUCGAAAGUGCCACUGUCCAGAGCCUUACCAGCCGCCUUGUCAGGCGCUUUCCGUCCUACCCACCUUAGCGGAGUACUGGAAGGUCGCAAGCUCACUUCUGAUCAUGCGCUCAUUCAUGCGAUUGACUUACUGCGACGCCGAAGGCCGGCGUAUCGACCUGCGUGGAAUGCUGUUCUUCAAAGCCUUGGCCGUGAAAGCUCUCUCGGCAAUCUCUGGCGCCUCGUCUACACUUCUUCCAGCACCGAAAACCUUGAACUACCAGCGGGGGAGGAGGAUGUCUGGCGAGGGGCUAUCGUUGCUUAUCGGCUGACCCGGCGGGUGCUUUCGCUGAUGCGAGAGACGAAUCUCGACCUUGACGUUGAUGGCUUCCUUGCUCUUUGCUAUGCUACAGAGAACAUGGCCCUGGGAUGCUUUUUGAUCCUGCGACAGCACCAGUUCGAACACCUCGCCGGCGUCGAACCGAAAGUUGGCGGCGACCCACAGUCGUAUGUCGGGCAAGCCAUCAAGCUUCUGAGGACGUCGUCGUCGAUAUCACUACGUCUGAAGUCCGACUUUGAAGUGCUUGUGGGCGAGGACAGCAGCCGCAGUCAAUCCCUCUUAGAACUCCCCCGGCUCCUUCAUGUGCCCAAUCCAGCGACGCUACACGCCUACAUCCGCACACUUGGAUGGCUGGCCGACUAUCAAGGUCUGCUGGACACACUUCGCUGGAUGGUCGAAUUCGAGGCCGAGCUUGGCGAGAAACGCGCUGUCGACCGGAACGGCGAGGUCGUUAUGCGUCGUGCGAUCAUAGCAGUGCGUGUGUUUCUCGAGCGGGCAUGGCUGCCUGAAGAGGACGUUUGCCGGUCGGAGGGAUCAGAGGACAAUGGUGAUGGAGCAGGGAGGUUGUCGCAGUGCAUCUAUCGUUUGAGCACGCCUGCGCCCACCGAAGUGAUUGACGAAGCGAUCCAGCUGGUGGGAAGUGUAGACGACUGGGGUGGGUGGCCGACGGACCAGGAGGUGGAGGGCUAUUGUGACAAUGAGCGUUUCAAGCACUUCUGGCCUGGUGGUCAUCACCAGCGGCCGUAA